AAAUAUAUCAAAUAAGUAUGAAAAAUUGUAGCUGAGGGAUAAGGAACGAAUCGGAGAAGAAGGGUCUGCGUUCAUCCUUAAUCUUCGAUUUUUCUCUUUCGAAAUGAGUAGUUUUGCAUCGCCGGCCAGUGUUUGCACCUCCUUGGGAUGGAAAUCUUCGAGUUUUUUAGUCCAUUCGGGCCUGAAAUCCUCUAAUUCCAUUAAGUUGCUUGUUUCCAGGAGACGUGUCUCCGAUAAACCUAUUUCUGUUACUUGUUCAUCUUCCUUAUCUGAUCCUCCACUCUUGGUAAAGGCAGCAAGAGGGGAUCCUGUUAGUCGCCCACCAGCAUGGAUGAUGCGUCAAGCAGGAAGGUAUAUGGCCGUUUACAGAAAACUUGCAGAGAAAUAUCCAUCUUUCAGAGAGAGAUCAGAAACAACUGAUCUCAUUGUAGAAAUUUCAUUGCAGCCUUGGGAGGCUUUCCAUCCUGAUGGAGUUAUAAUUUUUUCCGACAUCCUAACUCCUCUACCUGCAUUUGGCGUUCCUUUUGACAUAGAAGACGUACGAGGCCCUAUUAUUCACUCGCCUAUUCGCUCCGAAGAGGGAUUGAAAGCUCUUCAUCCCCUUGACCUGGAGAAACUCAACUUUGUGGGGGAGUCACUUAAACUGCUACGCAAGGAGGUUGAAGGCAGUGCUGCUGUCUUGGGCUUUGUAGGAGCUCCUUGGACGAUUGCAACGUAUAUUGUGGAAGGUGGUACGACACGAACAUAUACGACGAUUAAGAGAAUGUGCCACACCGCACCACAUGUGUUGAAGACUCUCCUCUCUCAUUUGACACAGGCAAUAUCAGAAUAUAUUGUUUUCCAAAUAGAACAUGGAGCUCAUUGCAUACAAAUAUUUGACUCAUGGGGUGGACAGUUGCCACCUGAUAUGUGGGAAUCCUGGUCAAAGCCGUAUAUUCAGAAGAUUGUGAGUACAGUAAGGAGCAAGUGCCCUGAAACACCGCUUGUUCUCUACAUCAACGGAAAUGGCGGUCUUCUAGAGCGAAUGAAAGGAACAGGAGUUGACGUUAUCGGGCUUGACUGGACAGUAGACAUGGCUGACGGAAGGAAGAGAUUAGGAACUGAUAUCAGUGUACAAGGAAAUGUUGACCCUGCUUAUCUGUUUUCUACUCUUCCUGCUCUAUCUGAAGAAAUUCAAAGGGUUGUGAGAUGUGCAGGACCAAGAGGACACAUUCUAAACCUCGGGCAUGGCGUCCUUGUCGGUACACCAGAAGAAGCAGUCGCACAUUUCUUCGAUGUUGCUAGAAGUUUGAACUUCGAUACUUUGUCUCAAGAUUUGGCAGCCCAAGAACCCAAAUUGGUAGCAUAGUUGAGGUAGAGCAAUACUCAAUCCUUUUGUUUAGAAUUGGUUGAGAUUUUAUAACCCUGUUGGAGGUAGCACAGACAUUUGAUUUAACAUUUCUGUGAUCUGUGAUCUGUACAUGCUCAAGGGUUGGCCUGUUUAAGUGAUUUUUGUUUUUGUAACCUCUUUGUGAAAUCCUGUAUCAUUUGUAAUGAAAUCCUCAGAACUUUGAAGCAAUA